UUGAGUGGAGUAUGGCACCAGAGACCGAAGUAAAUCUGCCGCUAUUUUCUGUGAAUGAGUCGAGGCCACUAUCUCUAUUUUUUAUGUUAAAGGCCUACUCCAAAUUAAAGAUAUUGAAUGAAUGAAUGUUGUUGAAGUGUUCCACAAAAGAAAGAAGGAACGAUUAUUAUUGUUGGCCAUAAAUACAUGCUCCAGUUAAUCAUAUUAUGCGCAUGGAGGCAAUUAUGGGACAGCCCUUAUUGGUUUAGUGGGCGGCCUGUUUGAUUGGUUUAUGGGGCGGCCCAAUUAAAAGAAAAGGGGAUAGUGGUCUUCGAAAAUAACAAUUGGCGGCAGCAAUAUAGGGCACAUAAAAGAGGUGGGCGGCACCUUUGUUUUUUACUAGGAGGAGGCGGCAGACAAGCACAAAGGGGGGAUUGGUUCUUUCGAAACAUCAUUGGCGGCAAGAAGAGUGGGCGGCAGCAAGUGGAGGCAGCAUAAUAUUUGGGCAGAAGGCAGUUGAAGUGGCACAAGAAAAAAAAAAAAGAACACGGCUGUUUCUUUGUCGCAAGAAGGAAAGAGACAUUCGGUUCACGUGCGUAGCAUUACGGGUUCGAUAUUAAGCUUAUUUUCUCUAAUCUUUUACAUUCGAAUCAUGUUUUGUUUGAUUUUUAGAACCAAGUUUGUCAUGCUUUUGAAUAUUAUGAGUAGCUAAACGUUGAAACUACCUAGGUUUUGAUGAACUAGUUGAUUGUAAUGCAUUUGUGACUUGAUUUCGGUUAAUUGGUGUGAUUUACAUGAUUUGACUUUGAUAUUGAUCUUGGUAUUGCAUGUUGGUGUAUUUUAAUUGAUUUUUGGUUGAUGAAUUCAGCGGUUUAGGCACGAAGAAAUUCCCCCUAAACUUAGAGUUUAAUUUGAAUCGUUAAUCUUAGGGUUUUCGGUUUGGGUAUUGUGUUGAGAAAUUGACCAAUUCAACUAAUAAUUAAAAUUGAUUUACUAAAACUUGCAUCCUCAUCUUUUGACUCGAAAGACGAUAAAGGUGAGCUAGGUUAUUUGCUAAUCGUUGUUGGGUAGAUUGGGUGACCGAUAGCUCGGGCUCGUUUAUUUCAUCGCGUUUAGGGUUUCCUAGGAUUUCAAUAAUCUAAGUUAGGUCUGCUUUGCGAUUUUGGAACCCUCUCUCAACAUCACUGUUUCCGAGGUCAAAGGGUUCUAAUUUCGUAGGAUUUGGUAUCGAUAGCUCGAGCCGGUCCGUUCUAGCACUUCACACUUAGUCCUGCUUUCUCACUUGGGACAUCUCUAGCGGGGGGUCAAUUGAGGGAAAUAGAUAUUUAACCGUCAUCACUGUCACACUAGCAUUGCAUGAUUCUAGGGAUUCUUUGCCUAGGUAGCCUUUAUCUCAUAUAUAUAUUUGAUCACCAUUCGUUCGCGUGCUUGUUUUGUCUGCCUGUUUCGUGUCUUGUGUUUGCUUUUAGUUAUUAAUUAAUUAUUAAAAACCAUCUAAAAAUCGAACUUAAAAAAUUGACUAUUUAUUCGACAGAGGUUUAUUAUCUAGGGUUUGCAUAUAGUGUCCACGGAUUGAUAUCCGGUCUUGCCAUCUACACUACACUGCGACCGGUGCACUUGCCGAUUGUGUGUGGUUUAGGUUGUGAUUCCCUUUUAAAACUUGUUUGAAUUUAAUACACACAUUUUCACACAUCAAGUUUUUGGCGCCGUUGCCGGGGACACUGGCACUUUAGAGAACGACCCGAGUCGUCUAUUUAGUUGUUUAUUUGCUUUCAUAGUUUUCCAUUGCCUUUAGGUGCCUUUUGCUUGCAAUUUGUGCCUUUAGGGUUAGAUUUGCUUUGGUACUUAGAUUAGAUUUCUUCUCAUUGUAUGCACCACACUCGUUCACAGGGGCCACCUUCGUUUGCUGCUUUGUCUGAGCCCGAGCGAGAUUUCCACGAGCACCUUCGCAUUUCCCGAGCUAGUCAGGUACACACUUCAUCUUCUACUUUCACUAUGGGUGAUACCGAUCCCCCUCCUAGGAGAGUCGUCGCUGACUACGCCAGGCCGAACGCGGCCAAUGCUCGUUCCAGCAUUACCCGACCCGCUAUCGGGGUUAAUCGCUGGCAGAUUCCACCCCAGAUCAUCACGAUGGUUACGAACACCAUCCAAUUCCAUGGACUACCUUCUGAGGACCCGAAUGUCCAUCUCUCGCGUUUUUCAGCUAUCUGCGAUACGUUCCAGGAGCAAGGUGUCACCGAGGAUGCCUGCAAGCUGCGCCUAUUUCCAUUCUCACUCGCUGACCGCGCCCAUGCUUGGUUGGAAUCCCUUCCUGCGGGAUCCAUUACUACUUGGGCCGGUAUGAAAGAAAAAUUCUUAGGUAAGUAUUUCCCUCCUUCCAAAACCGCUCGUCUGAGGAGCAUGAUCCAAGAGUUUCGUCAAAAGGAGGGAGAUUCAUUCUACGAGACAUGGGAGCGUUUCAAGGAGUUAUUACUCAAGUGUCCUCAUCACGGAUUUGAGGAUUGGGCUUUAGUUGAGAGGUUCUAUCAUGGAGUGACGCCCACUACAAGGAAUAUGUUGAACACGACUGCCGGUGGCAAUCUUCUGACCGCCAAGACACCUGAUGAGUGCAUGGAUAUGUUCGAGGAUAUAGCGAUGAGUAGCUACGAGUUUCCUGAGUCUAGAGAUUCAUCCACUACACAUAGAGGAGUGCACAAGGUCGAUGAGGUCACCAGGAUGCAAGCACAGAUUGAUGCUUUGAAGCAGCAGGUGAGUGAUAUGAAGGUGAGGAAAGAGCAGCUAUGCGAGAUAUGCACAGGGAAGCAUGACACAGCCGUGUGUCCUAUUGCCCCUGAGGAGUCACCGGAGCAGGUGGAGUUUGUGGGUAAUCGGAAUCAAGGAAAUUUCGGGGAGCGUUACAAUUCGAAUUGGAGGAACCACCCGAAUUUCAGUUGGAAGAACAACAACCCACCGGGGUUUCAGCCGCGUCAGAGUUUGUUUCAGGACGCAGGAGCAGGAGCAGGGGCGAGUUCGGGUACGAAAAACCCGACGAUAGAGGAGAUGCUGAGGCAAAACCAGGAUACAUUAGCCCAGCAGACGCAGUUGCUGACACAGUUCAUCACGCGAGAGGAUACUCGACAUAAGGAGACACAGUCGAGGUUCAUGGAGCACGAGACCUUCAUGAAGAGUCAGAGCACUGCACUACAGAACCUGGAAAGGACAGUGGGUUCGCUGGCCGAUCAGCUGAACCAGAGGCCUCAAGGUGGUCUCCCUAGUAGCACUAUUGGAAAUCCGAACGCCACUGCAAAGGCUGUUACCACUAGGAGCGGACGAGGGGCUGUUGAGGUCGAGCCGGUAGUUGAUGAGGACCCGGAGGUCGACGAGGAGAUUGAGAUGGAGACACCUGCUGGUAGAGUGCACCCUAGGCUGCGCCCAGCAAGUACAGCACAGUCCAGCGGGUCUCCAAGGGAAGAGAAGGAGUUAGAGAAGGAGCCGACGAGGGUGUACAAGCCGACACCCCCUUACCCUGGUAGGUUAGUGAGGGGUAAGGACGCAGAGCAGUAUGGUCGUUUCAUGGAGAUGUUGAAGAAGCUGCAUGUGAACAUUCCGUUCGUCGAGGCUUUGGCGAAGAUGCCAAAGUAUGCGAAGUUUUUGAAGGAUCUUCUUACGAAUAAGAAGAAAUUAGAGGAUCUGUCGACUGUUACCCUGAGCGAGGAGUGUUCUGCCGUCUUGCAGAACAAGUUGCCGAAGAAAGUGUCUGAUCCUGGUAGCUUUACCAUCCCAUGUCUGAUUGGGAAUCUUGCUGUCAGCAAUGCGCUUGCUGACCUAGGUGCUAGCAUAAAUCUCAUGCCCUAUUCCAUUUUCGCUAAGCUUGACCUAGGAGAGCCUUCCCCUACGCGCAUGAGUAUUCAGCUCGCCGAUCGAUCGGUGAAGUUUCCUAGAGGCAUCGUGGAGAACAUGCUAGUGAAGGUCGAUAAAUUCGUGUUUCCAGUUGACUUUGUCAUCCUUGACAUGGACGAGGACUCUGAGGUCCCACUGAUUUUAGGUCGUCCAUUCCUUGCCACGGCACGAGCACUCAUUGACGUGCACGACGGCAAGUUGACUCUUCGAGUGGAUGAGGAUGAGGUCACAUUCGACAUUCAGCAUUCUAUGAGGCAUACCCAGCAGCAUGAUGACACUCUAUACUUUAUUGAUACUCUUAUGUCACAUGUGGGUGGCCUUCUCAGCGAGAUUUGUGGGAGAGAUGCGUCUGAUACGCAUGAUGCUAGUAUGGAUGAUCAGGGGAGUGAGGUCACUGAGCUGGAUGUUGAGCAAGACCCUUUGUUGCAGGCUACCGAGCCUUCCCCUAGAUUCAAGGUGUGUGAAGUCAUCGAGGAGGAGGAGAUCCCGAAGGAGAGACCGUCUGUUGAGGCACCCCCGCCCCUGGAGUUGAAGGAGCUGCCGUCUCAUCUGGAGUACGCAUUCUUGGGCGAGGGGUCUCAGUUACCCGUCAUCAUUUCUGCUGGAUUGACGGAGGAGGAGAAGAAGAAGCUGAUGAGUGUAUUGAGAGAGCAUAGGCAGGCUAUUGCGUGGAAGCUGAUGGACAUCAAGGGUAUUAACCCUUCGUUUUGCACGCACAGGAUCUUGAUGGAGGAGGAGUUCAAGCCGGUGGUUCAGCCUCAGAGAAGGCUAAACCCUAAUAUGCAGGAUGUUGUGAAGAAAGAGGUGAUUAAGUUGCUUGAUGCAGGACUGAUUUACCCGAUUUCGGACUCUGCAUGGGUGAGUCCCGUCCAGGUGGUCCCCAAGAAGGGGGGUAUGACAGUGGUCGUCAACGAUAGGGAUGAGUUGAUACCCACCCGGACCGUCACCGGCUGGCGAGUUUGCAUAGAUUAUCGCAGACUCAACGACGCCACGCGCAAGGAUCACUUUCCUUUGCCGUUCAUCGAUCAGAUGCUGGAGCGACUGUCAGGACAGCAGUUUUACUGUUUUCUUGAUGGAUUCUCAGGUUAUUUCCAGAUCCCUAUUGCACCAGAGGAUCAGGAAAAGACCACAUUUACAUGCCCCUUUGGCACCUUCGCGUAUCGACGCAUGCCAUUUGGGUUAUGUAAUGCUCCAGCCACUUUUCAGCGCUGUAUGGUGGCGAUCUUUCACGAGUUGAUCGAGGACUCCAUGGAGGUAUUCAUGGAUGACUUUUCUGUGUUUGGGAGUUCCUUCGAUCAUUGUCUGCGUAAUCUCGAGCGUGUGCUUAUUCGAUGUGAGGAGACGAACCUGAUGCUUAACUGGGAGAAGUGUCACUUUAUGGUUCGAGAGGGGAUUGUGCUAGGGCACAAGAUUUCACAGGCGGGGCUGGAGGUGGAUCAAGCCAAAGUUGAUGUUAUUUCCAAGCUCCCGCCGCCUACUUCUGUGAAGUCUAUUCGGAGUUUCUUGGGUCAUGCGGGAUUCUACCGCCGUUUCAUCCGCGACUUUUCAAAGAUUGCUCGCCCGAUGACCCAGCUGCUAGAGAAGGAUAGGCCAUUCGUAUUCGACGAUGAGUGUUUGAGGUCCUUCGAGUUGAUUAGGGAGAGGUUAGUGAGUGCUCCCAUUCUGAUUGCUCCCGAUUGGAGCCUCCCAUUUGAGAUCAUGUGCGAUGCCAGCGACUUUGCUGUUGGGGCCGUUUUAGGGCAGCGUAGGGAGAAGCACUUCCAUCCUAUUUACUACGCUAGCAAGACCCUAAACGACGCCCAAGAAAAUUACACCACGACGGAGAAGGAGUUGCUGGCAGUCGUAUUCGCGUGCGACAAAUUCCGCUCUUAUCUUGUGCUGUCGAAGACCAUUAUUUUCACGGAUCAUGCGGCCCUUCGCUACCUGUUUGCGAAGAAGGACGCGAAGCCUAGGCUCAUUCGAUGGAUUUUGCUGCUUCAGGAGUUUGACCUAGAGAUUAGGGACAAGAAGGGGGCUGAGAACGUAGCUGCUGAUCAUCUGUCGAGACUGGAGAGCCCCGAGAUAGAGAAAACUCGAGAGGAUAGGAUUGGGGAUGAGUUUCCCCAUGAGGCGUUGAUGUUUUUGAAAGCCCACGAGGAAGGCUUUCCCUGGUUCGCUGAUCUGGCGAAUUACUUGUCUACAGGUGACCUUGUGGAGGGCAUGACAUAUCAGCAAAAGAAGAAAUUCUUUGCGGAUGUCAAGCACUACAUUUGGGAGGAUCCGUACUUGUUUAGGAUCGGUGCGGACCAGGUUAUUAGGAGAUGCGUGUUUGGGUCCGAGUCGCGCAGUAUUCUGCGACAUUGUCAUGAGGGACCGACUGGUGGCCAUUAUGGUGCAGCGUAUACCGCCAAACGCGUGUUUGAUGCGGGAUUUUAUUGGCCGACCAUCUUUAGGGACGCACAUGAGUUUGUGCGCAGCUGUGAUGCCUGUCAGAGGACAGGAAAUAUCUCAUCCCGUAAUGAGAUGCCCCAGAACCCCAUUCAGGUGGUUGAGAUCUUUGAUAUUUGGGGUAUUGAUUUUAUGGGUCCGUUCCCUAUGUCGAGAGGGAACCGAUACAUCCUUGUCGCGGUAGAUUAUGUUUCUAAGUGGGUGGAGGCAGAGGCCUUGCCCACAAAUGACGCGAGGGUUGUUGUGAGAUUUUUGAGGAGAUUGUUUGCUAGGUUCGGGACACCGAAGUCCUUGAUAUCUGAUCGAGGCACCCACUUCUGCAAUUCACAGAUGGAGAAGGUCUUGAAACGCUAUGGGGUCACCCAUCGGUUUUCGACGGCCUAUCAUCCACAUACAAGUGGGCAGGUGGAAAAUUCGAAUAGGGGGAUCAAGAGGAUUUUGGAGAAAACUGUCGGAAAUAGUCGUAUUGACUGGUCCGAGAAGUUAGAUGACGCUCUGUGGGCUUUCCGUACUGCUUAUCGGACACCUAUUGGGACCACACCCUUUAGGAUAGUUUAUGGGAAAGCGUGUCAUCUACCGGUAGAGCUAGAGCAUCGUGCAUACUGGGCACUGAAGGCAGUCAAUCUUGACUUGCCAGCUGCGGGCAAGAACCGGUUUCUUCAACUUCACGAGUUAGAGGAGUUGCGCGAUGAGGCGUAUGAGAAGUCGUGGGCAUAUAAAGAGCGAACUAAGGCGUUGCACGACAAACACUUGAAGCAGGUGAAAGAGUUCAAGUGUGGGGAGAAAGUGCUGCUAUACAAUUCCCGGUUGAAGCUGUUCCCGGGAAAGUUGAGAUCGCGUUGGCACGGACCGUAUGUGGUUAAACAGGUGUUCCCGUACGGAACAAUAGAGGUUGAGAAUGAAGACGGUCAGAGGUUCAAGGUCAAUGGGCAUCGAUUGAAGCAUUUUGUCGAGGGACCGACAGAGGAUCGAGAGGAGGAGGUGAUUGACCUCCCCGUUAUGAGCACGUGAGAGUUGGCUUGGGUACUCGGAUGUUCGUCCGAGUUGUAGAGUUUGUAUGAUUUUUAGUAGUAUUUAUUUUAUUUUUAUCUUUUGUGUACAUGAGUCUAAAUUAGUUGGUUUGAGUCAGUUUUUGUCGUUUUUUUUUAGAGUCAGUACUCCUUUGGUUUUGCUUGUUUUUGUUGAUGCAGGUUUGAAUAUGUACCACCCGUACUCAAUCUCCAUUCGGGUGAGUUUGGAGCUGCUUUUCGAAUAUCAGGCAUUUACCGAGCUUGUCAGUUAGAGUCAAAGCCGAUCGCGAAGGAAAUGCUAUACGAUCGUGUACGGGUUCGGAUUGAUGACACGCGCAGCUGGCACUGAUUUUUAUCCUAACCAGCUAAGUCCUUUCCAAUUCGUUAUCUUUUUAUUCGUAUAUAGUUUAUUUUUCUUUCUUAUUUAUUUUUAGUUGUCUUUCAUCCUACAUUGGGGACAAUGUAAAUUUUAAGUGUGGGGAUGGGAGACUACGUCUUUUUAGGUAGUUUUGAGUCAAAAAAAAAAAAAAACAAAAACAAAAAAAAAAUUAUUAAAAAAAAUAAUAAUAAAAAAAAAUCGAAAAAAAAGAGAGUUGGUUUUGCGAGUCCUGGUCUUUAGCGCAUAGAAAACGGAAAACCUUUUCAAAACGUCGGUCAAAGCGGUUUAAUUGUUGAAUUUACGAGUCGGAGAGCACUUGUUUCUUUAAGUUGCGGGAUAGUAGGUUGGUUGAAUCGGUUUUCGGGAAGUAAAAGGGUUUGGGAUGCCUAGGAUAGCGGAUUGAGCCGGAGAGUGAUUGAUUGUGCAUUGUCGAUAUCGGUAGCCCUUAUUUUCCACAUGAUAGUGAGAUUUGAGCCUUACAUGUCAUAUAUAUAUAUGAUCACUAUUUUCGUUUCAUGUGUGUUUACCAACUUGUUGCAUUACCUUAGAACUUGUGCGUUUUGAUACAGUUUGAAACCUUCGGUUAAGGUUUAGCAUGGAUAUGAUAGAGGCAUUAGGAUCACCUUGUUUGUGUUACCUUUGUGUUUAGCCUGUUUCAUCAUCACCCGUAGAUACACCACUUUGAGCCUAGCCAUUCGUUUGUUACCCGUUUGUGAUUUGAUAGCCGGAUCGUGAUAUGUGAGUAUUAUAUUCGAAAAAAAAAAUGAAAAAUGAGAAAAAAAAAAAGAAAAAAUGAAAAAUGAAAAAAAAAAGAAAAAAAAAAGGGAAGAAAAAGUGUUUGUAUUAAACUUGUGGGUCAAAGCGACCAAUUUGUUAGUGUUUGGUUCGUGAUUAUCCGGUUUAUCGUGUUUCCAUUUGUGUUAGCCUAUUGUGUUCGAAUAAAGUAACCUACCCGUAGCCCUUACCUACCCAAUAAAGCCCUCUUGAUCCAUGUUGAAUCUUGACAAUUAGGUGGAAUUCUGAUUGGCGUACAAGCUUAUAAUAGUAUGCUUCAUAGUUCGGUUUUGAGAGUUCACUUGAAUUAUCACAUAUAUCAGCCGAGUGUCGAGUGAAAUUGUGAGGGGUGUUGACAUUGCAUGAUUGGUUGCUUGAUGGUAUGAAAAGCUUGAUUAGGUAGGCCCGUUUUUAUAUAAAUGUUAUGAUUCGUCAAUCUUUUGAACGUUGUAAGUCUUGCGAAACUGUUGUGCUUGACGAUUAGUAGUUCGCAUUUAAACUUGUUCGAGAUUUGCGUUUUUGUUAAAGUGGUUGAGUUAGACAUGCUGCUUGGGAUUUUGCUUAGGGACAAGCAAAAGGUUAAGUGUGGGGAUAUUUGAUGUGAUGUAAAAUACACAUAUUUGUCCCGUGUAAAUUGUAUAGUUUUUGUAUAAUUUUUAUUUGUUUUAUUUAGUUUUUAGUAUUGGACUACAUUAUUUGGUGUUGUGGGACAGGUUCGGUGCAAAUGGAGUGAAAACGAGUAAUAUGGAAAUGACCAGCCAGUUGAGUGGAGUAUGGCACCAGAGACCGAAGUAAAUCUGCCGCUAUUUUCUGUGAAUGAGUCGAGGCCACUAUCUCUAUUUUUUAUGUUAAAGGCCUACUCCAAAUUAAAGAUAUUGAAUGAAUGAAUGUUGUUGAAGUGUUCCACAAAAGAAAGAAGGAACGAUUAUUAUUGUUGGCCAUAAAUACAUGCUCCAGUUAAUCAUAUUAUGCGCAUGGAGGCAAUUAUGGGACAGCCCUUAUUGGUUUAGUGGGCGGCCUGUUUGAUUGGUUUAUGGGGCGGCCCAAUUAAAAGAAAAGGGGAUAGUGGUCUUCGAAAAUAACAAUUGGCGGCAGCAAUAUAGGGCACAUAAAAGAGGUGGGCGGCACCUUUGUUUUUUACUAGGAGGAGGCGGCAGACAAGCACAAAGGGGGGUUUGGUUCUUUCGAAACAUCAUUGGCGGCAAGAAGAGUGGGCGGCAGCAAGUGGAGGCAGCAUAAUAUUUGGGCAGAAGGCAGUUGAAGUGGCACAAGAAAAAAAAAAGAACACGGCUGUUUCUUUGUCGCAAGAAGGAAAGAGACAUUCGGUUCACGUGCGUAGCAUUACGGGUUCGAUAUUAAGCUUAUUUUCUCUAAUCUUUUACAUUCGAAUCAUGUUUUGUUUGAUUUUUAGAACCAAGUUUGUCAUGCUUUUGAAUAUUAUGAGUAGCUAAACGUUGAAACUACCUAGGUUUUGAUGAACUAGUUGAUUGUAAUGCAUUUGUGACUUGAUUUCGGUUAAUUGGUGUGAUUUACAUGAUUUGACUUUGAUAUUGA